AUGUCUAUGCUUAAAUCUCCCACCCCAGCCAACGCGGCCCUUCUGAUGCCGCCGAAUUGCGGCUCUCCAGUUCGUCCCCGGUUCAACUCCCAACGCACCUCGGAUCGCUUGCGAGAGAGCUCUGCUUUUAUCACGCCACCAUUCAAGAUGGGGGCCAACAUCAGAAAGGGAAGAAGAUCCGUAUUUAAAGAGGUUGGAUUGGACGAUGACUUGGAAUAUCCGGAACCAUCAUCAGCACCCACGUUACUACCGAGUCAACAUACUGCUACCCACCAUAGCAAAAGAGAGAUUACCGACAACUCAGAUCCUGCCCAAACAUCUCGGUCAAAUAAGCGAGACUUCGAACAAGAAAACGACCAGGAUCACGACAGUAGCGAAGAAGACUCAUCUGGGAGCAAGCGUCAACGCUCACGGCAGUUAUCAUUAUCUUCGCCAAAGACCUGGUACGCCAAGCUAGCAAACACAAAGGGUCGACCGAGAAUCAAGAGCACUUCGGGCGUGUCUCCAGGCACCUCCGGUCUUCAUCGGUUCACCAUGAUAGCGCUGCUCAUUGCCAUUGCGCUUCCUGCUUUCAGUUGGAGAAAUGGGCAUUCAGUCACGGACCUCAAUGGUGCCAACGCUGGUGCCAUUACUCGUCGAGAUAAGAGUCCCACCGAUGUCUGUGCUAGAUGGGGCCUGCAAGCUGCCCAACUGAACGGCACGCUUUAUCUGUAUGGCGGCCGAGCCAGGUCCAAGGCAGACCAGACGGAGGAUACAUGGAACAAUUACUUUCUAACAUUGGAUCUCACCAAGGACUGGGGUGUUGACUCACCUGAGCUGAGGGGACUCGAGAGGCCUGAUGGUCCUCCCGAGGUGUCCAUGGGCUAUCUUUGGCACGACUACAACAACCUCUACCUAUACGGAGGGCAGUUUUCUGAUUCGCCAUACGUCGAGCCCGGUCCCGAGUCUCUCUGGCGUUAUUCCAUCGCCGACAGCACAUGGACCGAGUUCAAGAACCCCAAAACCUCCGCGGGCAAUGAGUCUGAGUCUGGCAAUCAACCCGUUCACCGUGCCGCGGAAGGAGCAGGCCUUUCUGUUCCCGAACUCGGUCUCAGUUGGUACUUUGGUGGUCAUCUCGACUGGGCCACCACUCCAGGCUGGUCGCGCGACAUCGACAGGGUAUACCUCAAGAGCCUGCUCGAGUUCACGCACCCAGGCUAUGUAAACUCGGGUGUUGACAAGCUGUCUACCGGCUCGGGCGCACCUGAAAGUGGUGCCUUUCGAAACAUCACCAAGGCGGGUGUCCAGAGCGGCAACUUCACCGAGAGAGCAGAUGGUGUCCUCGUGUUUGUUCCCGGAUGGGGAGACAUGGGAGUUUUAAUUGGACUUGCCGGAGGCACCAACGAGACCUUCACAGAGGAUCUCAAGACACUAGAUGUUUACGAUAUUGCCAACUCCAAGUGGUUCCACCAGGAGACAUCUGGAGACACGCCGAGCGUCCGUGUCAAUCCCUGCGCCGUCAUCGCCAGUGCGCCAGAUGCCUCGAGCUUCCAGAUCUACAUGUUUGGUGGACAGAACCUGCCAUUCGGAAGUCAGACGCAAUACGACGACAUGUACAUCCUCACCAUUCCCUCCUUCACAUGGAUCAAGGUCGACCAGAAGGGCAAAAACGUGCCAGCUGCGCGUGCAGGUCAUUCGUGCGCCAUGUACGACGGCCAGAUGGUGGUGGUGGGCGGCGUGGGCAAGGACAUUGAGUGCGAUCCAGGCAUGUACGUGUUUGACGCCUCGUCGCUUGAGUGGAAGGACAAGUUCCAGGCCGCGGAUCACGGCGGGGACCAUCACCCGGAAAAUCUCGUCCUCGCCGGGUCCUUCGGGUACCAAGUCCCGGACGCCGUGCACCAGGUCGUGGGUGGAGGCAGCGAUGGCGGAGCCACGGCGACGACCCCCGCUGCGGGGCCGGCCACCGGCGGUCCGUUUGCCACGGGGAAGCCGCCCGUGUUCACCAUCACGCAGGGGGCGACAGCUACGGUCCGGGUUGGAGAGACGGGCACCUCGACGGCAUCACCCGAGGAUGAUGAUGAGGACGGCGUUAACGGCGGCCUCGUUGCUGCGGGAGUCAUUGCUGGCAUAUUUGGCGCUCUGGCUCUAUAUCUCGGCUUCUGCGCAUGGCUUUACCGCCGUCAAGUCAGGGCGUAUCGACACCAUCUCGCCGUGACGAAUCGUUACUCGGGAAUUUCCAACAGCACAUUCGACCCAUCUUCAGCUUCAUCCGGAGACGCAGCCGCCGCCACUGCCGUUGGUGCUGCUGUUGCUGUCCGUCCAAACCGAAGUUCCUCCCGCGAGAGCCUCUUUGGCUGGGUCGGCUCCAGCCGCGAGCAGGGAUGGACCACGGAGCCCAAGUGGCGGCCCGAAGAUGAAGAUGACACUACGCCCAGUGCGAUGGGCUCCAGCAGCGUACCGAAACCCAACGAGGACGUCAGGCCUGGGACAAGCGGCAGCGGAGGUUCAACAGAGGGGUUGCUCGAGGGUCAAGAGCCGAGCUUCUUCAGUGUUGUCAUGGGACCAAGGAGGGCGUUGCGGGUGGUCAACGGCGCAGAGUAA